ACAGUGAAUCCCUCUUUGGUGGGUGAAGUUUGAUGUGUAUAUUAUAUUGUAUAUACAAACAAUAAGAAAAUGUUUUUAUAAACCAAUAUUGCAUGAAAGGGAUCUGACUUUUCUUUUUUUCUUUUUUCUUUUUUUUUUUUUUUUUAUGUCUUGUUAUUGGCCCUUGGUUAUAUAUGCUUGUGCCAUCCAUGAUUAUUAAACUAUACUUAUGCAAUGCAUCGUUGGAAAGCAUAGAGGAGAGGUUACUAUAAAAGGAAGGAAGCCAAACUUAUAAUCGGUAAGUUAUUUUACUACAAAGUAUCUCUCUCUUUCUCUCUCUCUCUCUCUCUCUCUCUUCUCUUCUCGUUUAAUCAGCAAUGGCAAAGGCUGAAUCUAAUCUCCUAUCUUCCACAUGGGAUGGAGAAAAUGGGUAUUCUGCAGGUUCUUGUGCUGAGAAGAGGCUCAAAUUAUUUGGGUUUGAGUUGAAUCCGUAUAAGAAUAUUGAUGAGAGCAACGUGAAAGUCUUUGCAGAAAGAGAUGAAAGUGUAAAUUCUUCAUCAACAACAGUUUCAUCUGGAAGCAGGGAGAAGACGAAACCUUCCAAGGAGGUGAUCGGAAGCUUAGGCGGCGGCUCCCCAGAUUGCAAAAAGUUUGAGUGCCAAUAUUGUUUCAAGGAAUUCGCAAACUCACAGGCAUUGGGUGGUCAUCAAAAUGCACACAAGAAGGAGAGGAUGAAGAAGAAGAGGCUGCAGCUUCAAGCCAGGAAGUCCAGCAUCAACUGUUACCUUCAACCUCUCCAAAACAACCAUGGUUUUGCUAAUUCCAACGGCGCCGUUCCGUGGUUUUAUAGCCCCUCAUCUUAUACAACUCCUGAGUUUUCACACUAUGAUGAAUCUCAGAUUUGCUUCAAUCCCUUUGAUCAAGAUAAUGGGUCCCUCUCCCAGUCCCAGUUAUCAAAGUGGCAUAAUACCCUGCCACCCAACAUCUCUUUCCAACAAGACACGUGUAGCUUCACUCUAACACAAACCGACGUCGGAUCGGCAGAGAUCAAUAGGCCUGUUAUCUUCAAACCUUCCCCAUGCUUGCCUGCUUCCAAGCAAAGCUGUAAAUCUUUGGAUUUGCAAUUAGGCCUCAACAUGCAAGCAAAUAUACGAAGCUCCUCUAGAAGUGGCGUGUAACAUAUUUCUCCAAGUGGCAGCUUAUUUAGAUUCUUUUAGAAUUUCAAGAAGUGGAAAUGAAAUCGUUUGAAAAUUUUUAGAUUCA